AUGUCUGGGGAGCUGGUGUCAGAGUCCAUUCCUGGUGUCCCUGACUCAACCCAAGGUGCUCCCAACCUGCCACCUUGUAAGUCAGGUGAGAGCUCCUGCCAUCUGUCUCAUCUCCUGCACAACUUGGGCCAGAACAACCAAAAUGCUGAACAGAGGAAGAGGCCCCCAGAAAUGGCCUGCCCCGUUAAGAAGAAGACUCGAACCCUAUACCGCUCAGAUCAACUGGAGGAGCUGGAAAGAAUAUUUCAAGAAGAUCACUACCCAGAUGGUGACAAGAGGCGGGAGAUCUCCCAGGCAGUGGGAGUCACCCCCCAACGCAUCAUGGUCUGGUUCCAGAAUCGCAGGGCCAAGUGGAGAAAGGUGGAGAAGCUGAAUGGGAAGGAAAGCCAGGACAGUCCUCCUGCAGGGCCUGCCCCCGCCCCCACCCACAGCCAGCAGCAGCAGCAGCACAGCUCUGCCACUGAGUUCCCACCCACACUCCCCUUGGACCCGGAGCCAGGUCCCUUCCCUCCAGAGCCCUCUCUGGAUGUCCCUCCAGAGCCCCCCACACUGCUGAUGUCGGACCAGACUGUGGCCCCAGCCCAACAGAGUGAGAAUGCUCAGAGGGUUCCAGUGACCCCACUACUCUUCAGCCCUCCUCCAGUUCAAAGAUCCAACCUCCCACUGUCCCUUGGCCCUGGCCACAAGCCCCAGCCUAUGCCUCUGUUGCUGGAGCCACUUGGUGGGGGUGGAAGCCACAAGGAGGCUCCCUGUGGGCCCUGGGGACCAAGCCUCACGCCGCCACCCACCUGUUCAUACCUGGAAGAGUCCGAACCCUGCGAUUAUCAGCACAGCAGCUACUUGGGGCCCUUCCAGUUCCCCUCAACUCUGCAGAACCAAGGCUUCCAACCCCCCCAGCCCCAGUUUCCCUUCCUCCCUCCCUUCCCCUCCUUCCACAUGCCCAGUUCCCUGACUCCUCCACUGCUGGAUGAACUCUUCCCCUUGCCUCAUGGUUCCAGUGGGGCCACCUCACAGGGCUACUUCCAGGGGUCUCCCUCAGGGCAGAUGCUGCUGCAACCCCCUACUGGGAAUCCUGGUGCAGUACCCUGGAAUGAUCCCUUCCUGCCAGAACUGCCCUUUCUCAGUCCUUUCUGCCCAUCAACUCUGGGCCAGCCCCCAGGAGGGGACAGCUACUUCCCAGAUCUGUUUCCAGUUCCGUGUGCUCCAGAUGUGAGCAGACAUCCUUCCCCCGGCCACCCCCAGCUGCCUGAGGGAACUUGGCCUUUACCCAACAAAGCCUUAGAGGACCAGCAGCUGCCUGGCACCUCCAAGGAGCAGUCUUUAGCACCAAAGGAAGACCAAGAAAAAGACAAGCAUGGCCAUGCUUCCUAG